AUGAAUCUAGCAAGUCGACGUCAACGUCAAUAUCAACGUAAAUACAACUCGUACAGAAAAUACACAGCAACAGAAGAUGUGAAUUAUGCGGCGCAUACAUCUCGAUCAUCUUAUCGCUCCGAAUCGAUCACUUCAAGAAGUAGCGAUCAUGGUCGAAGUUCAUCAUCAGAAAUUAUCUCUGUAUCGGAGACUCGAUCAUUGCCAGUUUACAUAGCAACACAAGAUUAUAUCCCUGAACCUGGUGACAUUGAGUCAAUAUCGUUGGAACAAGGACAAAUUGUUGAAGUGUUAGAUAAAAAGAAUGCCGCUUCAUGGCUUAUCAGAACAAAGGCACGUCCACCAAAAUCAGGUUGGGUACCAGGAUCAUAUUUUGAAUCACCAACAGAAUAUUAUAAACAACGAAAACGAACUCGAGAAUUAGUUAAUAGUGAUCUAAAUUUAACCGAUGAGCAAGAAGCAAUUAUGAAACGAGAUCAAGUUUAUCAUGAUUUGCUACGUUCCGAGGAGGAAUUUGUUAAUGAAUUACGAACAAUUGUUGAUAUAUAUUUAAAAGCAUUGGAUGAUGAGGGAAUUCCGGAUGAAGUAAAAGAGAAAAAGAAUGAAUUAAUGAUGAAUUUGAAACAGUUACACAAUUUUCAUGCAAACAUAAUGCUAAAAGGUCUACAGUAUUAUUCGGAUGAUCCAAAUAAAGUGGGUCAAACGUUUACACGGCUUUCACGUGAUUUUGACUUACACAUACAAUUUCAUCAUAAUUUACCACAUGUAAAAGAAUUACUUAAAGAGAAAACAAUCAUCGAUUUUCUUCAGGAUUUGAGUAAUAAAGUAGAAGCUGGAACAAAAACAUUUGAAGAGCAUUUACAAAAUGUUGCUAAUCGUAUUGUUCAGUAUCAGAAUUAUUUCAAGGAAUUUGUGAAAUAUGCAUCACGAGCUAAGCUUAAUACAAAAAUAAUGCAAAAAGCACUUGAAUUGAUGAUGUCAGUUCCGGAACGUGCAAACGAUAUGAUAUAUAUCCGGAAUAUUGAACAGUAUCCCGGUGAUCUGAAUAAACUUGGACGACUUUAUAGACAUGAUUCAUUUUUGGUUUGGGAAGGUGAACAAGAACCAAUUGAACGUUAUGUAUUUUUAUUCAAAAAUAAAUUAAUGUUUACGGAUAAAAAUAAUAGUAAAGAUGUACCAACCUAUAAACAUUACGCUACUAUACGGCUUGACAAAUAUACAAUACGAAUUUCGGAAACAGAACCGAAUAUUUUGGAAUUUCAACCAAAUGAACCAGGAAUUCCGGAAUUUCAAAUUCGUGCAAAAGAUAUUCAAUCGAUGGAAUUUGUUCGACAAGCUUGGUUAAAAGAUAUUAAUGAAAUGAAGGAACAUGAUGGUAUGCUAAUUUAUUCUUUCAAAUUAAAUUUUUAA